AUGCAAUCUGGGUCUGAUAAUGUAAAAUCUAGACUUGACAUGGCUCUUGUAAAUGGUCAUUGGCUGCAACAUUAUAGCAAUUCCAAAUUGUUUCAUAUUGAUGCAAUAUGCUCUGAUCACUUACCUAUUCUUUUAGUUAUAAAUUGUGAUGAAAAUCAAGAGCUUAAGAAAUGGAACAUUUCCCACUAUGGUAAUAUUGAUCAAAAAGUUUUCUCUUUAACUGAUCAACUCAAGCAGCUGAAUAGUAAUCCUUAUUUUAUUCAGAACAAUGAGGCCAUAAAAAUAUCUCUUGAAGACCUUCUUGUUACUCAUUUUAAGAACAUUUCUACUACCACUAAUCCUAUCUUGAACAAUGAUUUCCUGAAUUGCACUGAUAACUGCAUCACUGAUGAGGACAAUGAAAAACUUUUGAGUCCCAUCACUCUGGAAGAGGUUAAGAAUACUAUCAAGCAAAUGGGCCCAUGGACUGCUCCUGGUACAGAUGGGUUCCCUCCAGGUUUUUACAAACAAAACCUGAAAUUGCUUGAAAAUGAUGUUUGGGAAAUUGUUAAAAGUUUCUUUCACUCAAAACAUCUCUUAAAAGAAAUGAAUCACACAUUCAUUUCCUUAAUUCCUAAGGUGAACAAGCUUAAUAGUCCUGCUGACUUUAGGCAUAUAUCUCUUUGCAAUUAUAACUAUAAAAUCAUCUCUAAGAUUCUAGUGAAUAGAAUGAAACCAUUACUUAGCAAACUAAUAUCACCAUAUCAGGCUUCUUAUGAUCCUGGUAGAAAUAUCCAAAACAAUGUGAUAAUUGCUCAUGAAUUGGUUUAUACUUUGAAGAAAAAGAAGGAUAGAUGUGGUAUCAUGGGCCUUAAACUUGAUACGUCUAAGGCUUUUGAUAGAGUAGAAUGUCCCUUCUUAAUUGUUGUUCUUAAAAAAUUGGCUUCUCUGACCACUGGUGUCAGUUAUGACUGUUUGCUUUUUACCAAAGCAACUCACUCUGAAACUAGCAAUCUCAUGUCUUUGAUUAAGGAUUUUAGUAGUAUUUGUGGUCAAAUGAUAAACUUUGAAAAAUCUGCCUGUUUUUUCAGCAAAAAUGUUCAGCCUGAUCACUGUGUGUCCCUUAUUAGAGCUAUGAAUGUUAAGAAAGUUGAGCUUAAUGAAAAGUAUCUUGGUAUUCCCCUCUUUAUCACUAGGAAUAGAACUGAGAGCAUGUCACAUUUAAGUACUCAUCAUAACUCUAUAGUUUCAAACUGGAAAGGAAAGCAUCUGGCCCAAGCUGGUAGAUCCAUUCUUGUCCAGCAUACUUUAAAGUCCUCUUCAAAUUACCACAUGAACUCUUUUCUUUUACCAGAUUCCAUCAUUAAUAAAAUGGAGCAGUCCCAAAGGGACUUCUGGUGGGGUAAAAAUGGUCACAGAGGUUACUAUUUCAGGAAAUGGGAAAAAAUUUAUUCUCAUAAGUUACAGGGGGGAUUAGGUUUUAGGAAUCUGAAAAAGAUGAAUUUAUCCCUUUUGGCUAAAACUGCUUGGCUUUUAAUCCACUUUCCCAAUGAUCCGUGGGUUAAAAUCCUAAGGUGUAAGUAUUUCAAAAUUUGCCAUCCUUUGUAUUAUAAAAAACUUGGAGUCAGUCUUGGGUUUGGUCCAGUAUUUGUCAUGGUUUAG